GUGGAAGAGGAGGCGGCAGCGUGGAGCUGAGCCAGCCCAGUCGGGCAGGGCAGACUGCGGGCGGGGGGCCAUGCGAGCUGGAGAAGAGGGGGAGAAGCCUUCUUCCUGUUCCCAGAAUAUUCUCCUCUCCUCCUCCCCAGGCUGUUGGACCUGCCGGCUAGUUGAAGUUGAAGGUCUGGCCUCUGAAGAUCAAGGCAGCUCCACAACGGGGCAGGAUACCCGCUGGCAUGAGGGGCAGCCAGGCCCUGAGCCACCUCCAGCUGCUGAGUUGGCUGUGCCUCCUCCUGAGAGACACAUCCCCUGUGCAGGGGGCUGGCCCAGCUGCCCAGACCACAGGAAACCCAAGCUCUCUGACUCUCCAGGACGGCUUCAAUAGCACGGAAAACGUGGAUUGUAGGAAGGUGUGCGACCUGAACAUCUCUGAGAGAUGUGCCUUUAUCCAGACCAACCCAGACUGCCAGAGUGGGAGUGGAUACCUCAACUACCUCAAAGGCAUCUUCUGCCUCUUCUCCCCGGACCUCCUGCCUUUAGCGGUCACUCUCUAUGUAUUCUGGCUGUUUUAUCUCUUUCUGUUCCUUGCUGUCACAGCUGAGAAGUUUUUCUGCCCCAACUUGUCAGCGAUCUCCACCACCUUGAAGCUUAGCCACAAUGUGGCAGGUGUUACCUUCUUGGCCUUUGGCAAUGGGGCCCCUGAUGUCUUCAGUGCGCUGGUGGCUUUCUCCAAUGCCCGCACGGCUGGGCUGGCCAUCGGAGCGCUCUUCGGUGCCGGCGUGCUGGUCACCACAGUGGUAGCCGGCAGCAUUGCUAUCAUCCGGCCCUUCACGGCAGCCUCCAGGCCCUUCUUUAGAGACAUAAUUUUCUACAUGGUGGCCAUCUUCCUGACCUCCACCGUGCUGUACACAGGCAAGGUCACUCUGGCCUGGAGCCUAGGUUAUUUGGGCAUUUACAUCUUCUAUGUAUUCACUGUGGUCCUCUCCACCUGGAUAUAUCAGCGGCAGAGUGUGGCAGUGCUCACCCCCUCCCUACCCCCCCCACCAGUAUUGGAAUCUGAGGAUGGGAAGUCUUCUGUGACCAGCAGCUAUGAUUAUGCGGAUGAGUACAAACCCCAGUUCUUCUGUGAAGAGUCCACAGUUCGGAUCCUGACACGGUCCCUCAGCCCCCUGGACUACCAGAAGUGGAAGCGGAAACCCUGGUACUUGAAGCUGCUUAAACUCUUCAAGGUGCCGGCAGAGUUUCUGCUGGGGCUCACGGUGCCUCUUGUGGACCUGGACAAGGAUGAUCGCAACUGGAAACGGCCCCUCAACUGCCUCCAUCUGUUUACCAGCCCCAUGGUCUGUGUCAUGACUGUGCAGUCCGGAGUGUAUGGAUUCUAUGAGAUCCAGGGCAUCUUCCCCAUCUGGGGGGUCACAUUGCUGGUGGGCUGCUUCCUUGCCUCCGUUACCUUCUUUGCCACCUCCAAUGACCGACCUCCCAGGUUUCACUGGAUCUUUGCCUUCCUGGGCUUCUUUGUCAGCGCCCUUUGGAUCAAUGCAGCAGCCACCGAAGUGGUGAAUGUCCUAAUUUCUUUGGGUAUCAUCUUCCAGCUCAGCAACACCAUCUUGGGGCUGACUCUGCUCGCCUGGGGGAACAGUAUCGGUGGUAAGGUUGUCAGAUGUCGUCUCAGAUCUCACUCUGGCACGGCAGGGGUACCCACGGAUGGCCUACUCAGCCUGCUUUGGGGGCAUCAUCUUCAAUAUACUGGUGGGUGUAGGUCUGGGCUGUGUGUUGGAAAUCACCAGAAACAACAUAGAUGUGAAGUUGGAGCCCGAUGGACUGCUGGUGUGGGUCUUGGCGGGAGCUUUGGGGCUCAGUCUGCUGUUUUCCUUCAUCUCAGUGCCAAUCCAGUGCUUCCAGCUGAGCAAACUGUAUGGGUUCUGCCUGCUCUUCUUCUACGUGGGCUUCCUCACUGUGGCGGUACUCACGGAGUUUGGGGUGAUUCACCUGAGAGCGGGAUGAAGAACGUGAGCCGGGGGUUGGCGAAAGAGCGCUUCUGGAUGGAAACCAGAGGCGAGAGCGCAAGUCUCUGAGCCCUGGUGGUGGUCACUGGUGCUUCUCUCCACCAAAGGGAAAAGCAGGGAUGGAACUCCAUUCUCUGCCAAAAACUCCAAGGGGUGGAGAACCGGAUCUGGGACUGAAAGGUGGCUCCUGUGGGUUGGUGGCCAGUCGGGGGCCUGGCUGUAUGGCAGGCUGGAAGCAGCUGCCCUGGGGCAGGGUGCCCCAGCCUGUAGAAAAGGAAACAAUCCAGCCCCACUCUCCUCAUCACUUUGUUAAAAGCAUUCUCUGUGAGGACUCAAGACAUCCUCCACUCAGGGACACUCCCCCUCAGCCCCAGGUCCUGUCUUGUCUCUGGAUGCUAAGUUCAUUACUCAGCAGGAGGCCUGCAGGCCUGUUGUCAUUAAAGCCCUUCAGUGUCUCUGUGGACAGGGUGGUGUGGUUUCUGGCUUGGGGAGAGCAUUCCACUUCCUCUAGCAGUGGUGGCAAAGGCCCCUUUCCCCCCAAAACCCCCCGAAAUGAAGACCACAGCCAUCUUUACAAAGCAGAAUAUCCUUUUAUUAAUGUGCCUAAGUUCUAGAGACCCUCAUACUGACAGGUUAUUUAGGUAACAAAUUGCCAAUGUACAAAACCUCACAGCGCUUCUCUUGUCCAUACAAAAUGAUUGUCUCAGUGAUUUUGAGUAAGGCUGGGGGCAAAGGGAAGGGGGGGAUCAAGGAGGGACAGGAGCAGAAACCUUUACCCCAAAGGUAUUCUCUCCAAGUGUGUGCUGUGCGAGGUGGGCCUAAGACGAACAUCUGGGCCCUGCCACAAAUGUGCUGUGUGUUCUUGGGCAAGUUAGCCACGUCCACAGUUACAGAACGAGAGGAGGAUCCCCUCCAGCUCUGAAACUGUAAACCUACUUCAAUUCCUGCCUCGUCCUGGGACAACUAACUGAAAUUGGUUAUCCGAGUCGAUUGUGCCCAAUGACUGAACUGGUAAAACGAGGCAUUUCUACCCCCUUUCUGGGGUGCACAACCACUGGCCUUUUCCCAGUUCUGGUUUGGCUCUAGCUGCUUCUGGAGUCCUGCUGGACCCAGACUGCUCCCUGUCACCCCCGGACUAAAGAUCCAGAGGUGAGACGGGCCCUAAGCUCUACAUCUUGUCCUUGGGAGGUGGGACUGGGACGUGUUAGAUUUCCACUGGCUGGAGUCUGGCUUAGGAGGACUCAUCACACAAAGACCAUUAAUGGUCUCCAGCAUUGUU